AUGCUGUCGAGAUUAGCCCGCGCCCCGCGCCUGGGCAUGUUGGCUGCUCAAUUGUCACAGUCCGCUGCAUCGCCGGUUUUACGGACUAGACAGACAGUCGUAUCAGUCUCCCCCUGGAUGCGGUCGUUUGCCAGCAACAACAAGAAAAUUGGCGGGAGCGAAAGCCAGAGUCAGCCAGAGUCAUCCGAUCCGUCCACGCAACCGAAAGCCGACUCCAAACCCGCUGCCUCGCAGAACACUUCGCCCUCUAAUGAAACGGACGCCGAAUCAUCCCAGCCUUCAAAAGAGGCUGAUCCGAUCCCUUUCCACAAACUUCCUGAUUUGACGCAGGGUAUUCCAUCGACCCUGGACGCAGAACUGCGCAAACAGUCGGGCCAGGCCCACUCUGCUCUUGAAGCCGUCGAGCAGGAAGAAGAAUCCGAGGGCCGUGGCAAGCGGGAGCGCCCCGAGUAUGUGUCGACGAGCGACCGCAACCGAAAAUGGUGGGCACGGUUUAUGCUGGUCGCCGCCGCCGCCGGAGGAUCCUUUGGGGUUCUUUACAUGGGUCGUGACUGGGAUGAUGCUAUCGAAGCCGAGCGCCAUAGCGAUAUCCCCAAUGGUUGGAGUCCCACGCUGUGGUGGCAGAGAGCCAGAGCCCGUAUGGGCGAGUCGGUAUCCUAUUACCAAGAUCCGGCAUUCGACAAAUUGCUCCCAGACCCCGAUCCCAGCUUCGAGCGACCAUACACUCUCUGCCUAAGCUUAGACGACCUCCUAGUACACAGCGAAUGGACACGAGACCACGGCUGGAGAGUAGCUAAGCGACCGGGAUUGGACUACUUUGUUCGAUAUCUCAGCCAGUACUACGAGUUGGUUCUCUUCACUACUGUUCCAUUUGCUAUGGGCGAGCCCAUCGUCCGCAAGUUGGAUCCCUUCCGUUUCAUCAUGUGGCCGUUGUACCGCGAAGCCACCAAGAGCAUCAACUCAUACUUUGAACAGGACUUGUCGUACCUUAACCGAGACCUCUCCAAGGUCAUCAUUAUUGACACUAAAGCGCAGCACGUCCGCAAGCAGCCGGAGAACGCCAUUAUAUUGGAUCCUUGGAAGGGGGACCCCAAGGACAAUGAUCUCGUUGGGUUGAUCCCUUUUCUCGAAUACAUCCACACGAUGCAGUACUCGGAUGUGCGCAAGGUUCUGAAGUCGUUCGAGGGCAAGCACAUCCCUACCGAAUUCGCCCGACGUGAGGCCAUUGCAAGGAAGGAAUUCAACAAGCAGCUGGAGCAAAAGAAGAAACACUCCAAGGGAUCCGGUGUCGGGGCGCUUAGCAACCUUCUCGGACUGAAAUCCAGUAACAUGAGCAUGACCAUGGCUCCCGAAGGCGAGCAGAACCCAUCACAGGCCUUUGCCCAAGGCAAGAUGUUGCAGGACAUUGCUAGAGAGCGAGGGCAGCGCAACUACGAGCUUUUGGAGAAGGAAAUCCGCGAAAACGGCGAGAAGUGGCUCAAAGAAGAGCAGGCCGCCAUGGAGAAGGCCCAACAGGAGGCCAUGAACAGUAUGAUGGGUUCCUUCUCCGGCUGGUUUGGACCCAAGCCUAGCGUCUCAGCCGCUGCUGGUGCUGAAAAGAAGGCAUAA